ACAGUUUUGUGAAACAUGAACGAGAACAAUCAUGAAGCAGAACAAAGUUCAAAGGUAGAUGUGAAGAAAACAAGAUAUGAAGGAAUUAGCAAUCAUGACAAAGAAAAUGGGGAGCGAGCCAUGGAGAGACUAUCGUGCAGCUCAGCUAAUUUUACUGCUGCAUCUAUGUUUGAAGAAUUCUUACCCUUGAAAGAUUUAGAAAUAUCUACACCAUUAAUAAAAAAAGAAGAAAUUACGUUCACAUCUAAAUUGCUUGGUCAAGGAUCUUUUGGUACUGUAACCCAAGGGAAAUGGAAAUACACGGAUGUGGCAGUAAAGACAUUGAGAUUGGGCAUCAAUUCUAUGAAAUUAUGUCGUGAAAUAGCAGUGAUGGAUAAAAUUAGACAUCCAAAUGUUAUAUUCAUCAUGGUUGUGGCAUAUGACAUCAGUCACUGCUAUAUUAUAGUUAUGGAAUUCUUCGAUAGCAUAAGUCUAAGAGAAUUCAUUUUCAAUCCACGUAUCAAGAACGAUUUUCUAAUAACUGAAGACUCCAAACAUGAAAUCAGCAAACAAAUUUGUACUGCAAUCACAUACAUGCAUGAAACGGUACCAAAAGUUAUUCACCAAGAUUUGAAACCAGAAAAUAUACUCAUCAAUGAUACUUUAAGUGUCAAAAUCUGUGACAUGGGUCAUAGUAAGUUAUCUAAAAUGCCAGCAAAUUUCAAAACAACCACUGGAGAAAUAGCCCAAGGGACACCACCGUACAUGGCUCCAGAGCUGCUGCUGUUUAAUCAAAGAGCAUCCACUCAUUCAGAUGUAUGAGCUCUAGCUUGCGUUUUGAAGGAACUUUAUAGUGAACAGUUUAUUUGGCCUACAUUUCAUAUUUAAGAUCUGCAGGAAUUGUUCAGUCGUGAAGCUCAGCCAGAUUUAUCGGAAGUUCUCAAGUUUUUGAGAGCUUUAUUAUCUCAAUGUUUUCAUUAUGUCCCUCACGACAUACCAAAAAGUAGAUAUUUGUUGAAGGCUUUAGAAGAUUAUACAAAACCAAAGGAGUCAGAUGAAGAAUGAUCAAGAGAAGAUUAAGUGUUCAAGAAAAGCUGAAAAUAUAGCUUUCUAUAUACAAGAUACAAAGAUUUUUGUGAUGAUU